GCUCCGCGAUGCCCACGCCCGCCUCUUACGGCCAACGCGCCCUGGGCGCGCUGCUGCUGCUGGGCACCGUGGCCGGCCUGAUGGCCGUGCUGGCCUCCAUGCUCAUCUUCCAGAUCCAGGCGGGCAGCCGGGCCGGGGGCAGCGGGGGCGGCCUGCCCGAGGGGGCCGGCCGGGUGCUGCUGCCCGUCGCCGCCGUGCUGGCCUCGCUCUGCCUGGUGCUCAGCCUCAGCUGCCUCCUGCUCAGUCUCCUGCACGGCUACUGCGGCGUGGAGCGGGGCGCGCCGCCAGGGGGCGCGCUGGGGCCGGACAGGGCUGACUGGUUCCUGUUGGAUACUCGCAAAGUCCGCCACGUCGCCGUGGGUCUCUUCUGCUGCGGAGUCUCUGCCUACCUCGCAGCCAUCUCCAUAUUCAUGCUGGUCUCCUUCGAGGUUGAAACGGGGAUUACCAGCGCCUGCAUCCUGUCCUCAGGCAUUCUUGUGCUGCUCAUUACGGUGACCCACGUGUUGAUCCGAGCAUCCAAAGCUGCAUGGCGCAGCGAAGGGGAGGUCUCCCAUACCCUCUAUGAAAACGACUCAGCCCACGGCAGUGAGACACCUGCUGCUCAUCUCAACAAUGCCAAGAAUGUGGUUGCGCCAAGGCCGAGGCCAGAGAUUCACCGCGAGUUCUCGUAUCCACCGUAUGUUGAGCAGAAGUCCCACCUCACCACACCAGCCAGCAGCAACAUCACCUCUUCAGAGAGUCCCAGAGUGACACCCGAGAAGGAGAGCUACAACGUCCCUAGGAUGCACCGAACGCUUUCGGCUGAGUCUGGCCUCCUGCAGCCCCAUGGGAAGCCCUGGAACGGGGUCACGCAAGAAAUGAGGAAUGUCUUAUCUCGGAAGGUGACAGGAUCCGGGAAAGAUUCAACUCUGGUGUAGACCUCUGAGACCAGAGUUUGUGUUGCUGCAGAGGCAUUCAAGAACUAAUUGACCCCUUGUAAGACUGUAAGGAUCACACUCCAUAAUCCAGAGCAUCUUUGCCCCACUGGGUAAAACCAAAUGUCUCUGUCUGUAGCCGGUCAGAUACUUCUAAGGGAUUUCCAAACAGCAAACACAAGACCGUCUGUCUACACAUUAAUGUCCUGCCAUUCCUCCAAGGAGCUCAGGAUCGCCUACAGGGUUGCCCCCUCCUACCUUUUAUCCUCGCAACAACCCUGUGAGGUAGUUUAUGCUGAAACUGUAGCCCAGGUCCACUCUGAAUUUUAUGCCAGAGUGGGGCUGUGAAGCCAUGCAAAAGCUAGCAACAUCUCUGUUUGCCGGAGGCUAUCCAAGUGGAAAGGAUUUUUUUAAAAAUCCCAGGUAGACAUGGAGGGUCCUUUUUUUAGCGAUCACUGCUAAUAGCCCAAAAUAUAUCCUGCAGGAACACCUCUUGCCCUUUUUCCUGCCCUUCGGCCCGGUUUGAAAAUGUAUUUUUAAAAUUAUGAGACAGUGCACCAAUUCUUAGCCCCAGCAUUCCCUUUUUAAGCAGAGAGAGACAUGAGCGUUUCAGGCUGGCCCAGCCAGAUCUCCCCUUUACCACGUACAAAACUGCCUUCGGCAGAGUCAAACCCUUGGCCCAAUUUUGUCUCCUUUGCCAGGCAGCAGCGAUGUGGCGUCUCAAGCAGAGAACAGCCUCUCCCAACACCGGGGAACCAACCCAGGACUCUGUGUAUGCUUA